UGGGCGUGGCUCCGCCAUUCUGUCCUCCGCACGGCCGGGGCCUCAGCUUCGCUUGAAGGCGGCACCGGCAGAAGUCUCGCCCGGCGGCCGCUAGAAGCGGCGCGACUCCCAGCUUCGUUCGCGGCAACCGUCUUAGCAGAGCCCAUAGCAACAUGGCCCCUUUAAGGAAAGGCGGGUGACCUUGGUGACGGCAUCCCCCAUCACGUGACACGGAGGAAGCGGAACCGGAAGGCCUCUGGCAAUAGCCCAGAAAGGGAUCCGUGGUACAGUCUUAGGAUGGACGCCACCCUGCCAGCCGUGGCUGAAGAGUUGUUGAGAGAGAUAAGAAAAGCUUUCCAAGAGACUUCACAAGUCCCUGAUGACCUUCUCUCGGCGCUAAAAUUCGUUUUUGGGGCUUCCGCCGUCCCUGCUUUGGACCUGGUCGAUCGCCAGUCGGUCACACGGAUCGUGUCUCCUAGCGGAAGGACUGUGUAUCAGGUGCUGGGCAGCUCGGGCAAGCUGUACACUUGCUACGCCUCCUGCCACUUCUGCUCCUGUCCGGCCUUUGCCUUCUCCGUCCUGCGCAAGAGCGACAGCCUGCUGUGCAAGCACCUUCUGGCCAUCUACCUGAGCCAGGCCCUGGGCAGGUGCCAAGAGGUCACCGUUUCCAACAAGCAGCUGACCAGCCUCUUACUGAUGGAGGACAGCCUGAAUUAAAGAGAGACGAGAGCAAGGUUUUGCAGCCAAGGGGGGGGGUCUGGCUACAGGAUGGUGGAAUCCAGACUGGAGGGGUGGGGGCAUUGGAGUCCGUGGAACUCCUUUUGUCUUCUGCUUUCUCACCCCAGCCGCCUCUGCGAGGCACCGGAGCUUCUGUUUUCAAUGCACCGUCUUUAAAAGCAACGCCCCCGGAUUAAACUGCACGUAUCUAAC